UUUGAGUUCGAGUGCCGGGCUCGUGGUGCUGACAUCCUGGCAUACCCCCCUGUUGUUGCUGGUGGCAACAGAUCAAACACUUUGCACUAUGUGAAGAACAAUCAGCUCAUCAAGGAUGGUGAACUGGUCUUGCUAGAUGGUGGAUGUGAAUUUUCCUGCUAUGUAAGUGACAUCACACGUACCUGGCCUGUCAACGGAAGGUUCACUAAACCCCAAGCAGAACUAUACCAGGCUGUCUUGGAUAUCCAGAAGUCCUGCUUGAGCCUCUGCUCCCCAGGCAUGAAUCUGGAAAAUAUCUACAGCCUCAUGCUGAGCCUUAUUGGACAGAAACUGAAAGAGUUGGGAGUCCUAAAGAGCAGCGUCUCUGACAGCCUUUUCUUCAAGGCUGUUCGAAAGUACUGCCCACAUCACGUGGGCCAUUACUUGGGCAUGGACGUUCAUGAUACCCCAGAUAUAUCCCGAUCGCUCCUGUUCCAGCCAGGCAUGGUGAUUACCAUUGAACCAGGCAUUUAUAUCCCUGAGGAUGACAUGAGUGCUCCAGAGAGGUUUCGUGGCAUUGGUGUGCGCAUUGAGGAUGAUGUUGUGAUAACAGAGGAUGCUCCUCUCAUCUUGUCUGAUAACUGUCCUAAGGAGAUCUACCACAUUGAGCAGAUCUGUGGCCGCAGCUCAUGAUGCCCCUUCUCUGCCUCUCUCAUCCUCCUUGGGAGGCACAGCCCUCCAGGGAUGCAGAUCCCUGUAGCUGGCUCUAGUUGUCAAGUGAUGAAGGCUGUGGACAGUUGAUGGCUGUUUCCAAGACUGGGGCUCGGCAGUGGAAUGCAAAAGGCUUGGGUACCAAGGGGUGAAAAAGCAAAGCAACCUUUUCUGUGUGCUUUUUUCUUCUGAUUUGUGCCGAUAUUGAGCUGUGGUAGGACAUGGGGGUGGAUUCAUCCCUCUGCCAUGU